AUGGAUGUAUUUAAUCAAAGAAAUAAAGGGUUUGCGUUACAGAAAAUGCGUUAUUUAACAGCGGUUAGUAAAACAGAUCCCCAUCUCUAUUACGACAGGGAAAAAAAAAUUCUACCCUCGUUCAUGUUUGUAAGCGAUAAACAAUUUAUAAACGAAAGCGUUCAUUUUGAAAUACAUUGGGGUACCGAUACGCAAAAAGGUAAUUUGGCUACACAAGAAGGAAAAUAUAUUACGUUGGAAUUUAGUAUCUUUGAAGAUGAUUAA